UCCCUUUGAGCGACUCUGGGCUGAGGGGGGAAAAAGAGACUGAGAGAGACAGAGGGAGAAAGUGUGUGUGUGAGAGAGAGAGCACAAAAUACACGCAGACUCCCCAACAUCACCUAGACUACCUGCUCCAUCCAGCACAACAAGGAGGAGGAGGAGGACGCACAAGUGCAGGCGCGUCCAUGCGUGCCAGCCGAACAAGACAAUAAGCGGGCAAACAGGAACCACAGAUCCAAAAUUGGAAUAAGAGUUUAUCUUGAGAACUCUUUGGGGAAAAGAGCACAGCUUUGCUACAAGAACAAAGACAGCCUAAAUGAGUACAUGGUAAGAAGAGUCAUGCAUCUCAACAGAGAAGAAGAUAACAGCAAAGGCUCAGUGUCCCUCAGUGUAUUCCUGGUGUCUGUCGCAUCAGUAGUAUGUGCUGUUUGGCUGGUAGCUCUAUGUGGCGUCUGCACCUGGUGUCAACGGAAACUGGGGAAGAGGAAUAAGCCCGGGGUGGAGGCUGCCAGCUCUCCAGAUUCUGUGCGAGGUCGAGGGGAAAAUAAAGCCAUCAACCACAGUGAUCUAGACAGAGACUUUUGGAAUAACAAUGACAGCAGCAACGUGCAACAGAGGUGGAGCUCCUACCCGCCCAAGGAGUUCCUCUUAAAUAUGUCUCCUUACGCUCCCUACGGAGACCCUCGCCUCACGCCCAAUGGGGCCGUGGAUAAGGGUGGGCAGGGCGGUGCUGGACCCUCGCCGGGGACCAGUGACAGCGGGGGUGGUGCUUGCUCUGGGACUGGGGCGGGGCCCAGUCGCAGUGACAGCGUUCGAAGCAUGGUGACGGGGGGCAGCAAGGCCGGGCGCUGGCAGACGGUCCAGAGCCACAUGCAUGCCGGAGGCCUACGGUUUAGCAAUUUCGGGGACGCUUCCCUCUCGUCUGCAUCCACCCUGGAGCACAUCCCGUCCUCAGCCGUGGCGCGCCCUCGGCCCCUGGUCCGGCAGCAGAGCCUUCAACAGCCCCUCACUCACCAGCCUCCUCCGGGCCCUAACGACCCCCCAGUCACCUCACAGAGCCUGGGCCAGCUGCAUACAGGCCCAGGCGGCGGGGGCCACCGUGGGGGCCCGCGGGGGGUCCGGGGGAGUCCGGCUGGAGCCUCCCGGUACAGAGGAACAGGGGCAGGCCGGUCAAGGUCAAAUCCUGGCAGCUGGGAUCACAUGAUGGAGCAGAUCCGCAACAGAGGGCUGGAUGUCAAGUCGUUCUUUGAGGGGAAGAUGGUUGUUCUGUCUCUAGCAAUCGGGCUGGCUGAACAGGAUGACUUUGCCAACCUCCCAGAUCUACAGGAAGCUCCAGCAAGCAAAGAGAACGAAACCACACCAGAAAAGAGGACUCCGGGUAACAAACCAGGCAGCAGCCCCAGAGGUCAGACUCCAGAUGAGACCGGACGCCGCCAUGAUGCCAACUCCUCUGUCUCUGACUUGGCCAACUCCGUCACCAGCGACAUGCUCAUGUUGUCUCCUGGUUCGGAGGAAGAAGAACACGAGGGUCCAGUGUGUGAGAAGCUGGGUCGUAUUCAGUUCAGCGUCGGCUACAGUUUUCAGGACUCCACCCUCACCGUCAAAAUCCUCAAGGGCCAAGAUUUGCCUGCUAAGGACUUUUCCGGCACCUCUGAUCCGUUUGUCAAACUCUACCUGCUGCCAGAUAAGAAGCACAAACUGGAGACCAAAGUCAAGAGGAAGAAUCUGAAUCCCCACUGGAACGAGACCUUCCUGUUUGAAGGGUUCCCCUAUGAGAAGGUGGUCCAGAGGACUCUAUACCUGCAGGUCCUCGACUACGACCGCUUCAGCAGGAAUGACCCCAUAGGAGAGGUGUCCAUCCCCCUCAACAAAUUGGAUCUGGCCAACAUGCAGACUUUCUGGAAGGAGCUGAAACCAUGUAGCGAUGGCAGCGGGAGUCGAGGGGAUCUGCUGGUGUCUCUGUGCUACAACCCCACAGCCAACACCAUCACUGUGAGCAUCAUCAAAGCCCGCAACCUCAAAGCCAUGGACAUUGGAGGCACUUCUGACCCCUAUGUAAAAGUGUGGUUGAUGCACAAGGACAAGCGCGUGGAGAAGAAGAAGACCGUGGUAAUGAAACGCUGUCUGAACCCUGUUUUCAACGAGUCCUUCCCCUUCGACGUGCCUGCCCACGUGCUGAGGGAGACCACCAUAAUUAUCACUGUCAUGGACAAGGACAGGCUCAGUCGCAAUGAUGUCAUUGGAAAGAUUUAUCUCUCGUGGAAGAGCGGCCCAGCGGAGGUAAAACAUUGGAAAGACAUGAUGGGUCGUCCUCGUAAUGCUGUGGCCCAGUGGCAUGCUCUCAAGGCCUGAGGGACCCAGCAACCAACCUGCCUACAGUGUUUUUCCCCCUCCGAAAUUCAGCAUCAGCCUCUCUGCCCCCUGCCCCUCAGCACAUAUCUUCCCCCCUGCUCCCUAACUGCAGUCUUGGGCUGCAGACAAUGUGUGUCAUCUCUUUGUUCUCAGGCCUCUUUGAUAUCCUCCGCCCUCAGUCCUCGUCAAAUUUCACCCUCGUCAAGCUCCCAUUCCCACCUGACCCCCGUCUCAUCUCUUUGUCUGAACUUAAAAAUGUCUUUGAUGUCUUGACUCACUUCCUCCUUGUGACCUCUUUCUAUGAGAUUUUUUUUUCUUCAAGAUACUUUCCUCCACCUUGUCAACCAUUCCCAGUGUUUAGCAUCAGGGCAGUACCUCUUGCCACCCAUGAGCUCAAACUACCAACCAAAAAUGGAUCAAACUGAUAUUCCAACCAUCCUCUGUGGCGGCAAGACGGCCUGUAUUCAAACAUGCACCUGAGCGUGAAUGGCACCUAUGUGUGUGACACAUUUACCACCUAUACAGUGUUGCAGUGAGGAAUCUUCCACUCUGCUUCUCACCUCUUCGUUCAAGUCCUCUUCCGUUACCGUCACUGUUCCUCUAUACCCUUAAAACGCCUGAAAAAUCAGGAAAACCGACACAGGAAAUGGAAGAGUGAUGGGCUGUAUUUAAAGCGGAAUUGGACUGGAAUUGGACUCUGUCACUCAACUCAUGUUUGAUCUUUUUCACUCUUUCUCUGGCACCACUGUAAUAAUUCUCCCUUGGCUGGAACCCUUCGUUGUCUGUGCGUGCUGUGGGUGAUGUGCUGUAACCCCAAAUGAAGAUCUUCAACAGAAAAAAAAGAAAAAAAAAGAAAAAACGGAUAUGAACAUGAACAUUUAGCGCUGGUCCCAUAGGGCGAGUGUCAAAAAAAAAAAAUCCUUCUUUUUUUUUUAAUUUUUUUUUUUUUUUUUUUGGACGAGAAAUCCCGAUGGACAGAAAAAAGAGCAACGUGAUUAAUGUUGUGUUUUAUUUUUUGGGUUUUCAAAAGAAUUUAGAGAAUCAACCUGUUCUUCCAGACAUAGAAAAUAAGCAAAAAGCCAGCUUCCAGUCGUGGAGGUGCGGGUUAAUGGGCGUGUUUGCGUGCAUGUAUGUGUGUGUGUGUGUUCCUGUGCGUGUGUGUGUGUUAAUAAGGGAGUAUUUGGACAGCUAAAUUAAUUUAAGACUUAAGAUAUUGUUGAAAACAGCCCCUGAUAAUGAUGUUGAAUAUAAGGUAUUGUGGUGUUGAUGUUAGAUGAAGGUGUGGGGAGGUCACUGGGGUUAAAGGGUCAGUCCACCCAAAUCACAAACAUGUACACACUAUUUUCUGACAUACCUGUAGUGGUAUCAAGCCAGGUUGAUUGCUCCAGAUGUAUAUGUUCUAGGUUUGAUCCUCUGAAGUCACUGCUGCCACCCCAAGUACAAAGGCGCUCACUGCAGUCAAAUUCAACAGCUGCCUGUCUCUCCAGUAACAAUGUUCAGGUUAAUCGAAUAAUCCACAAAACCCUCAAUGAACGGUUUGCACCGGGACUGGGAGAAAUCGUUGAAAACAGCAACAACAUCUGUCCUCUACAUGGGCGUGUCCAAUCGUGGCUCACGCAAGGGCUGCUGCGUAUGUCAUUUUUUAAAAAUCUUUUUUAAUAACUCAUAUGAGGCGAAGGGCAGCUGGCCCCCAGGUGUUUACACAUUAUCUAAUCUCCAUUAAAAAAACAGUUAUUUGAGCAUGACAAGUAAAAUAUACUUCUGUCACAUUUGAGUGGUGGGAGAGGUUUGAAACUCUCUGCAUGGCUUGAUACCACAAGGGGUAUGUGGGCAAAACAUGUUCUCGAUUCUAUGACACACACACACACACACACACACAAAUCUUAACUCAAGGUCCCCUUGCUAGCUUUUUACUGCUUAGGGUUUUGCAACAGCUCACAUUUUUCUCAGCAGAUGGAGUUUGCUCAGUUGAAUCCAGGAUCACCUGGUGGUAAACAGACUGCUCAGCCCCCCACAUGUACACAGUGGCAUCGCACCAAUGCACACCAAGCCCAAGACAUCAGUGACGGGACCAAAUAGUUUCAAUCAGGGAUGGGUUUUGUUUAUAAAACCAUGAUACCAGUACCAAUACCAGUACCCUUAAUGUGAUACUGAUACCAACAGAGCACUUCACUUGAUCCCUUUUUUUCCCUAUUUAAUUCAAUACCUAUGAUAUGAAUGAAAGCAUAUCAGUUGCGUCAAAUGCCACCAGAUACGUUAAUAUGUUGGUGGCAUCUCAGCAUGCUGAACUGACAACAAAGUCAAACACACAACGCUUAUCUUCACCACUCCACAGACAGUAUGGGCUGCAGCUGGUGCGAAAGUGUUGCCUGAUAUCAGACAGAAUUGUCAACUCGUUACGCUCCAUUUGCAUCUUCAGUCUGUCUGACAUUGCAUCCGCUCUCUUCAAUUUCAGUGGGGAAGGGGAAAUUAAUUUACAUAUCUGCCUGAAUCUAAUGUCAUUUUAAGUCCACGCUGGUGCAUAGCCACGCCAACAUACUGGUUUUGCCAGGGUUCUAAGAGUGGAGCCGAGUGAAGUUAAACAAACUAUGAUGUCAGGCGAUAUUAGGAAGAUAUGUCGACUUAGAACAGCCUUGAUAGCAGAGUCCAUCUUAUCCACUGUGCUCACCAUUGCUGUUAUUACUCCUCAUGGUUCCAGAGCACUGCUUGGCAACAGCUUAACAACAGUGUUGGUCCUGCCUUAGACGCUCACUAGCUAAUUGUUAGCACCCCCACAACACUCAUUGGUGUUUUUAAUUUUAACCAAGAAACUGCUGUGUCAUGUCACCAUGCCAGAUUGAAUAAGGCAACUCUGUGCAGUUGGCAGAUUCAAAGAUCUGGAUCCAGGCAAGCAUUAAUGAACCAAUCACAUAGCAUUAAUCAAGGAAUGCUUGUAGCAGUGAGCAAAACAAUACAAUUACAAGAAGUAUUUUUUCUAGAUCUGGACACAAAAAGGAUGAAGAAUGCAGGUAUUGUUUGACUGGAGAGGUUUGGAUACCACUUGGUGCUGUGGGUUAUUUUGGUUAAUACCUUGAAGGUAUUGAGAACCAAUACCCAGCUCUAGUUCUGAUGCAGCGCCACUUGUGUAAGCCAGGAAUCGAACGGUCUGUGAUUCUUUUACAGUGAGAUCUUGGAUUGAACUGCGCAAACUCCAUCCGCAGAGGAGGCCUGUGAGAUGCAGUCAAAAGGAAAACACCAUAAAUAAAAGAUACUCUCAGUAUUUUGUGAUUUGGGUGAACUGAAAGCGGGCAGUAAAUGGCUUUGUCAGGGUAACAAAUGUUGGUAACAUGUUGAGAAAUCAGAUGUAGAUUGAAUAAAUCAAAACGUACCAUCACUGUCACCAAUGAGCUGCAUUUAUCUGUGCGUUAAACCUGGAGUUGGCAUCACAGAGUCCAAGGACAACAUUAGACCUAGCUGUUUUGGGGGUUUUUGAAGAACAAGUCAGUCUUCCAGUUGUGUGCUUCACUGCCUGAAUGUGACCUCCCCCAAGUCCCAUAUAGACAUUUAUGAAACAAAUGGGAGUAAUAAUAUCUGGGGGGAAAAAGUCUUUUUACAUUCCACUGUUCGUUUUUGUCUACUGGAUGUGUGUAUGUGUGUGUGUGUGAGUGUCAAUAUUUGAGCUUUAGUUUGUGUGAUUGUAUUUCCUGUGAGUCCUUCUGUGUGUAUAUAUCUGCACUGAGUUCUAUUUUGCCAGUUUAAUACAGAACAACAUUGUUUACCGUUUUUAUUCUGUAUGAAACAAUCCAGAUGUACAAAGAAGUAUGUUUUUUUAAAAGUUGUCACUUCUUUAAGAAUCACUGCACUUGUUGACGACGAUGCUGGAACAAACCUCUCUUCAUAGCAGGGUUAUUUUCCUCGCGUGUGGUUUUUAAAAAGGGACGUUUGGCUUGGGAGGGAGGCAAAUCUGUUGUACAUGAGCUGAGAGCGAAGGUCAGUGGGAAAAUGUCACGAACAAGCUUUACAACAGAUAAAAACCUGUUUUCUUUGACCAUCAUGCAUGAUUUUUUUUAGUUCAGACAGAAGCAGCUGCCAACAUUUUGUCCUAUCUGUCCUUCCGAUCUGAUUUACAGAGACCAAAAAACGAAGGGUGGCACCUUAACACCACAGCUGACGUUCCCCCAAAACACCCCCGUCGUGCACACAUGCUUUCUGGCACAAAGUGUUCUGUGUGUGCCUUAUAAACCCUGCCACGCCUUUGCUCUUCACCAUAUGUGCUCCCUCUCCAAGUGUCAGGGAGGGGGGAGGAAAAAAAAAAAAGGUGAGACAGGAGAUAAUCAUCACCUCUUUGCAUCACUGUUAGCUACGUCUCAGGUCAGAGCAGAGCUUCGGAGCAUCCCAAAAUAAGCAGGAACACAGUCAUCUGUCUGUCCUGUUGGCCCUGUGUGUGAAACAAGGCAUUAUUUUCAGUGCUGCUGACAAAGCAUUACAUUCCAAAGGCUUAGUGAAAGUCACUUUAAUCAAUGCAAUUUCAAUAUUGGUUGAAUAACAGUCAGGGUUUGGUAUAUUUUAGUCGUAAGAAAUCGAGCUAGAUUUUUGUCUGCCUACUCGUCACUGGCCAAAUACCAUAAACUGGUAAAUUUUACUGGACAAGCUCGCAUUUCUGAUUUAGGGCAUUCUCUUGGGGGACUGCUUGAGACAAAGAGAGGUUAACCAGCAACAUUUUAAUUUAUAUACUGUACAAAUGAUUGUGAAGUGUCCUGUAUGAAAAAAAAGAAAAAAAAUAUCAUCAGUAUUUACUGGGGUUGUUGAUAUCUGUCUGUCCUUGGUAUCACUCAGCCCCCUCGUUCACUCCCUUUUCUCUUUGUAGUUACACAUCUGUGGGGUGCACAAUGUUAAAUAUCAACCAUUUAUUUUUUUGAAAC